AUGUCUGAGACUGAGCAGCCUGAGGGUGCUACGAAACAACUAUGCGACUGGAUCUCCAACCUCUCUUUACCUGACAUCCCCGCUGAGAAAUUGACUCGAGCCAAGUAUUUUAUUCUUGAUGGAUUGGCCUGUGCCCUGAUUGGAGCUCAUCUUCCCUGGUCCGAUGCUGCUGUUACCGGAGUUCUUUCAAUAGAAUCGGAGGGUAAAUGUGGUGUGAUUGGAUGGGAAAAGAAAACUGGCCCACUGGCAGCAGGUCUCCUGAAUAGUACCUUCAUUCAGGGAUUCGAGCUCGACGAUUAUCAUAGUAAAGCCCCGAUCCACUCCAACUCCAUUGUGCUUCCGACUCUGCUGGCCGUGCUCGAGCAAGGACAUGAUCUUUCGCAGGAUGCGACCAAUCCCCGGACUGGAGCCGAAUUCCUACUCGCAACAGUCGUGGGAUAUGAGACGGGCCCUCGAGUUGGUCUUGGUAUUUAUGGUUUCGAGGUGCUAUCGCGAGGCUGGCAUUCCGGUGCGAUCUUCGGCCCGGCUGCUUCUGCCGCUGCGGCAACGAAAUUCCUCCAAUUGCCGUCCGACAUGAUAGAGGAUGCGAUUGGAAUUGCUUGCACGCAGGCCUGUGGCUUGAUGUCAGCGCAGUAUGAAAGUACGGUCAAGCGCAUGCAACACGGCUUUGCUACCCGAAAUGGGCUAUUUGCUGCUUUCAUGGCGAGCACGGGAUACAAAGGGAUUAAGCAGGUGCUUGAGCGACCGUAUGGUGGAUAUCUCAGUGUCUUCAGCUUAGGGAAUGGACGCACCCCUCAGUACAUGCCUGAGAGGGUUGUAGAAGAACUAGGCGUGAGCUGGGACCUCGAUAACAUUGUUAUCAAGCCAUAUGCAUCAAUGGCUGCAACCCAUGCCACUAUCGACGGUCUCAUCGCAUUACAGGCUAAGUAUCCACAAGAAAUGGCUGCAGUGGAUAGAAUUCGACAUAUCAAAGUUGAAAUGUCGGAAGCAUUAUUCAAGAAGGGAGGUUGGGCUCCAAAGCGACCGAUCACAGCCACCGGCGCUCAAAUGGCGGUUGCAUAUGCUGCUGCUAUGCAGUUGCUGGAAAGAAGUGUCCAACCAGCGCAAUUUGCGCCCGAUCAAUUGGAAAGAGACGAUGUAUGGAUGUUGAUGGACAAGAUCCAGUGCGUACAUAAUCUGGCUUUUGAUGUCGACGAGAACAUAUGGCAGCAACGUGUAUCCGUUGAGGUUUAUUUGAAUGAGGAAGAUCAGAAACAAGACACUUUCACCACCUUGACUGAGUACGUUGUGUCUCCUCGAGGCAUUGGUGUACCUCUAUCCAACGAAGAGAUCUUUAACAAAUGGAGGAGCUUGACGACGGGGAUUAUUAGUGAAGAGCGACAGAAGGCGAUCGAGACGAUGAUUUUGGAUUUAGAAAAUGUGCAGGAUAUGCGUCAGCUUUGCGAAUUGCUCUAUGAGCGUACCAAGAACGUUUUUGAUACUACUUCUUAG